GAAGAUGGCAGCUUCCAGGCAGGCAUGAGAGGGAAUACUUCUCCACAAAUCGAAUGAAUUUGGAUUACUGGUUUGAGAUAAGACCACCUACUCAUAAUUUUAAAUCACUGCAUCGAAAUAAGGAAAAUGUCUACUCCCGGUUCCGCGAUAUCUGGGGCCACAGGGUCUGUUCUGCAGCCGCGGUGGAAGCGAGUUCUCGGAUGGUCUGGCCCUGUUCCCCGACCCAGACACGGCCACAGGGCUGUCGCAAUAAAGGAGCUAAUGGUCGUCUUUGGCGGAGGAAAUGAAGGGAUUGUCGAUGAAUUACAUGUCUAUAACACAGCCACAAACCAAUGGUUUAUCCCAGCAGUCCGUGGGGACAUCCCUCCUGGUUGUGCAGCAUACGGGUUUGUUUGUGAUGGCACAAGGCUGUUGGUGUUUGGUGGAAUGGUGGAGUAUGGGAAAUACAGCAAUGAUCUCUAUGAGCUACAGGCCAGCAGAUGGGAAUGGAAAAAGUUGAAAGCAAAGAACCCCAAGAAUGGACCCCCUCCUUGUCCUCGUCUUGGCCACAGUUUUUCCCUCGUGGGAAAUAAAUGUUACCUGUUCGGUGGACUAGCCAAUGACAGUGAAGAUCCCAAAAACAACAUUCCCAGGUACCUGAAUGAUCUGUAUACACUGGAGCUUCGUGCAGGUUCCAGUGUAGUGGGAUGGGAUAUACCAAUCACAUAUGGAGUUCUGCCUCCUCCCCGUGAGAGCCACACUGCUGUGGUAUACACAGAAAAGACAAGCAGGAAGUCGCGCCUGAUAAUCUAUGGCGGAAUGAGUGGCUGUCGCCUUGGUGAUCUAUGGACGCUUGACAUUGACACCCUGACUUGGAAUAAACCUUCAGUAAGUGGCACAGCACCCCUCCCAAGGAGUCUACACUCUGCCACCACCAUCACAAACAAGAUGUACGUUUUUGGCGGAUGGGUUCCCCUUGUAAUGGAUGAUGUGAAGGUAGCCACACAUGAGAAGGAGUGGAAGUGCACAAACACGUUGGCCUGCUUAAAUCUUGACACCAUGUGUUGGGAGACAGUGUUAAUGGAUACUCUUGAGGACAGCAUCCCCAGGGCCCGUGCAGGCCAUUGCGCCGUUGCCAUUAACUCUAGACUAUAUGUCUGGAGUGGUCGUGAUGGUUACCGGAAAGCUUGGAACAAUCAAGUCUGCUGUAAAGACCUCUGGUACCUUGAAACUGAACGACCACAUGCCCCUGCGAGGGUGCAGUUAGUCCGUGCCAACACCAACUCUCUAGAGGUGAGCUGGGGAGCCUUGUCCACUGCAGACACCUACCUGCUUCAACUGCAGAAAUAUGACAUCCCAGCAGCAACCCCUGCUGCAACCUCACCUGCCUUGAGUUCCCCAUCGCUCCCUGGGAACUCUCCCAAGAGCCCUGCCCCAGCAGCUGCAGCACCUGCUGCUCAGAACCUACCACAGACAGCUAUCCUGAAGGUUGCAGCGCCUCAGUCUGCCACUGGUACCUCUAUCGUCACCGUCCGCCCCAACCAGGCAGGAAAGUCCCCUGUCACUGUGACAUCACUUCCUCCAGGUGUCCGGAUGGUAGUGCCUGCUCAGACCACCCAAGGAUCUGCAAUCGGUAGCAGCCCUCAAAUGAGUGGCAUGGCAGCUUUAGCUGCUGCUGCUGCAGCUACACAGAAGAUCCCGCCCUCCUCUGCAGGCACUGUGCUCAAUGUUCCUGCAGGUGCCACCAUUCUUAAAACAGUUGCUGUUUCCCCAGGCACAACCACAGUCAAAGUGGCCCCUCAAGUCAUGGUGAGUAACCCAGCCACACGGAUGCUGAAGACUGCGGCAGCCCAGGUGGGCACAGCCACUGUGUCCUCCCCCACCACCCCCACAAGACCAAUCAUCACUGUGCACAAGUCUGGUACAGUCACCGUUGCCCAGCAGGCCCAGGUGGUAACCACCGUUGUAGGAGGAGUCACCAAGACUAUCACCUUGGUCAAGAGCCCCCUCACCAUGGGCAGCAGUGGUACUCUGAUCUCCAACCUUGGCAAGAUGAUGUCUGUGGUACAAACCAAGCCAGUGCAGACAUCAGCUGUUACAGGCCAGGCUUCCACUAACCCUCUCACACAGAUCAUACAGACCAAGGGUCCUCUCCCAGCCGGCACCAUCCUAAAGCUAGUGACCUCCGCAGAUGGGAAGCCUACCACCAUUAUCACCACCUCCCAGGCAGGAGGCACAGGAAACAAGCCCACUAUCCUCAACAUCAGUGGCAUGUCCCCUACAACCACCAAGCAGGGCACCACCAUCAUUAAGACCAUCCCCAUGUCAGCCAUCAUGACACAGCCAGGAGCUACAGGUGUUACCAGCAGCGCAGGAAUGAAGACACCCAUCACCAUCCUGACCACAAAAAUGAUGACCACUGGUACCCCUGGCAAAAUCAUCACUGCUGUACCAAAACUUGGCACUGCCACUGGCCAGCAGGGAUUGACACAGGUGGUCUUGAAGGGUGCCCCUGGGCAACCAGGAACUAUUUUGCGCACUGUGCCAAUGAGCACAGUGGGAGGAGUUCGACUCGUUACACCAGUGACAGUGUCUGCUGUCAAGCCCACUGUCACCACCCUGGUUGUCAAAGGAACAACUGGUGUCACCACUCUGGGGACAGUUACUGGCACCGUCUCCACCAGCCUGGCAGGGGGUAGUGUUGCCAGUGCCAACGCAUCUCUGGCCACCCCCAUCACCACACUUGGCACCAUCGCCACACUGUCCAGCCAGGUCAUCAACCCCACUGCCAUUACUGUGUCAGCUGCACAGACCAGCCUGACUUCAGCCUCUACACUACCCUCUACCAUCACUGUGCAGAAUCAGCCUACCCAGGUCACUCUGAUCACCACCCCCAGUGGGGUGGAGGCCCAGCCAGUGCAAGAUCUUCCCGUUUCCAUCCUCGCCUCCCCAACUUCUGAGCAGCCCAGCUCCACCGAGGCAGGAGGAGCUGGGGAAGGGGCCGGACAGGUUUGCUCCAACCCUCCCUGUGAGACCCACGAGACAGGCACCACAAACACAGCUACGACUGCAUCAGCUAACAUGUCUGCGCUACGCGUGUGUUCCAACCCACCAUGCGAGACUCAUGAAACCGGAACAACAAACACAGCUACCACCGCCUCAGCCAGCAUAGGGGGGGUUCAACAGGUGUGCUCCAACCCACCCUGUGAGACGCAUGUGACAGGCACCACCAAUACCUCUACCCAGGCAUCUUCAAGCAUGGGAACAGGCCAGACAGAGACCGUGCAGAGGGUGUGCUCCAACCCACCCUGUGAAACACAUGAGACGGGCACCACCAACACCCCUUCAACAGCCACUGCCAGCAUGGGAGCGGACCAGAAUAGCACAGCGAUGGGAACAGUCCAGAGAGUCUGCUCCAAUCCCCCCUGUGAAACCCAUGAGACCGGGACCACCAACACAGCUACCACUGCCACCUGCAACAUGGAAACUGGCGAGGGCACAGCCCAGCAGACUGAAGAGGGAGCAGAUGGUACCAGCAGUUCGGAGGUGGUCUCUACCGCAGUUUCAGGAACCAGCUUAGCCACCACCCAAGGCAGGGCCAUUACUACUGUCACCCAGUCCACACCAGCGCCUGGACCCUCUGUACCUUCUAUUUCAUCAAUCACAGAGGGGGCAAAUUCUGCUACCAGUUCAACAGAGGAGCCCAUGCAGACUGAUGAUGCUGUAUCGGCAGAAGCUGCUUCUGCAGAGGAGGGCGCCACAGCUAUGGAGACACAAGCAGAGGGAGAGGCAGCGACUGCUGCUGCCUUGAAUCUGCCCUCAGAGCUGAUGUCUGAGGGCCAGGGAGCCACCCUGAUGGUAACGGGGCUUUCUGAUGAGGAGCUGGCUGUGACGGCAGCAGCAGAGGCAGCAGCCCAAGCAGCUGCCACUGAAGAAGCCCAGGCCUUGGCUAUCCAAGCUGUCCUCCAAGCAGCACAGCAAGCCGUCAUGAAUGAGGGAGAUCCCAGUGGAGAGAGUCAGCAGCCUGCCAACAUCCCUAUUGUGUUGACCCAGCUGGCUGCUCUGGUCCAGCAGCAACAGCAGCUGCAGGAGGCUCAUGCUGCCUCUCAGCAGGAGAGUGUUGAUGCAAGCCUGCCCACUGAGGGCCUUGCUCCAGCUGACAGCCUCAACGACCCCUCAGUAGAGAGCAAUGGACACAACGAGAUGGCUGCUGCAGUAACCAGCGCUGUGGCAUCACUGAUGCCGAGUACCACGGCUGAGACCCUUGCCCCAUCAAGCACAUUUGCACCCGCUCUAUCGGUGGCUAGUCCUGCAAAGCUUCAAGCUGCUGCUACACUAGCAGAGGUGGCCAAUGGCAUCGAAGGAGGAAAACAACCCCCUCAGCCAGCCCCUGUGAAGCCUGCCGUUAAAAAAGAGAACCAAUGGUUCGAUGUUGGAAUUGUCAAGGUGACAAAUAUGGUUGUCACUCACUUUUAUGUGCCAGGAGAUGACUCUCAAGGAGAUGAUGACUCUGGCAUAAUGCCAGACUACAGCCAGAUGAAGAAAAUGGAGCUGCAGCCUGGCACUGCCUAUAAAUUCCGUGUUGCCGGAAUCAAUGCGUGUGGUCGUGGGACCUUCUCUGAGAUCUCCGCUUUCAAGACUUGCUUGCCAGGGUUCCCGGGGGCACCUUGUGCCAUCAAAAUCAGUAAGAGCCCAGAUGGUGCCCAUCUUACCUGGGAGCCGCCCUCAGUGACAUCAGGGAAGAUCAUAGAGUACUCUGUCUACCUUGCUAUCCAGAGCAACCAGACGGCAGAGGCCAAGGCCUCCACCCCGGCACAGCUGGCCUUUAUGCGCGUGUACUGUGGGCCAAACCCAUCUUGCCUGGUGCAGUCCUCCAGUCUCUCCAAUGCCCACAUUGACUACACCACAAAGCCAGCCAUUAUUUUCCGCAUUGCUGCCCGCAAUGAGAAGGGCUAUGGUCCCGCCACACAAGUUCGAUGGCUGCAAGAGUCUGGCAAAGAUGCAGCCUCUGCAAAACCUGCCCCUAAAAGACCAGGCACCUCUCCUGAUACUAAGGCUACUGGUCCAAAGAAAGCAAGGACAGACCAGUGAGGUUGCCUUGAGCCCCACCCCACCUCUCCCAGUCUUUUGUCCCCUUUCCACUUGCUGUUCUUUCACCAGGAAGAUUGACCCCCCCCCCUCCACCUCUUCAUAUUCAUCCUAAUUUCAUCCUUCAUCCUCAACUUUGACUCUGAUCAAGCCAGCAAUGGAGGCAGAGUAACAGUAUGAAGCCAACAUGAAAGUCAAUCUGAGUGAUGUUUUUGUAGAUAAGACCCUCCACCUCACCAUUCUCCCUCUUUUGGCCGUACUAUUUUUAGACCAACUCAAACUUAGAAGCACAUUAUAGUUUUUUCUGUCAUAUACCCAACUAUCUUGUAAUAUCUCUUUUUGGUUAGUUGCUGUAGUAGAGAAGUGUAGAGAAGCAUUUACAACAUUCACAAACUGGGAGCCAACCUGAGCAUAAUGUUACUUUUUGUUUUGUUUUUUUGGGAUGGGGGGAGGUGCGAGGUUGUAAAGAGACUACCUGAGAUGUACAGUGCUGAAAAGGCAGCGGUGGCAUUAGUUCAGAGGAGAGGUAAAAUCAGUAUGGUUUUAAAUAAAGCACUUGUCCUCUCAGAAAGGGCACAUUUUCUUUCUUCUCAAAACAAAUUUGCUUCAUGAGAAUCCGAUCUGUACAGACAUAAUACUGGACUCCAGUUUCCUGGUAAUGUCAUCACUGUGCGCUUUUUACCAGUGGCUGGUGGCUGACACUAUGAAGUGGACAAAACCCGAUGGCAAAGGAAGAGAUUUGUAGAGAAUGAGUGACAUAGACUUUGUUAGGACUGAGAUUUGCAGCACACACAAAAAACCUUGCAAAAUCUUCCCAAAAAAUUAGCAAGCAGUGAUGCAGAAGAUCUUUGUGUAGUUUAUUUUUGUAUUUUUUAAGCUUUUUUCCUGUGUGUAUGAAUGUCAAGUGUGCAUUUUUAAAACUUUUUUUUUUUUAAUAUUGAUCAUCCCCAUUAUUUGUGCUUGUGAGAAGAGCGGUGGCCGUGAUGAAGUCACAAUGUUAUUAAAAUCAUUGUUUGGGUGGUUGUAUGCGCUUGCAAAAGAAGGUAUGAAAGGAAGACUUGUAUUUGUUCCAACUAGUACUGCAGAUGUUAUAGGACUGAAGGGAAUGACAUGGACCCAGGAGAGUUUUUUCUUUGUUUACCGCAGCUCAUUCAAUACUUGUUUUUGUGUUUGCCAAACAUGGAUAAUGUAUGGAGUAUGAGGAAAAUAUGAUUAGUUCAUCGACACACCCCUCCAUAUAUUCCAGUCUACUGUCUCGAUGCUUUUUAUGCUCAUGAAUGUGGUGUGUCCCCCUUUAUUUUUAGAAAAGCGAAUUAUACUAGACUUAUUUUCCCUAUCCCACCGAUGUAUGUGAAUAUUUUCAAUAAAUUUUGACUUUUUUUUUUUCUUCCUUGACUCUGUAUUUCAGAUCGCAAAUGGUGUGCAAGCUAUCUGUGCCGUGUAUACCUGUAUGUCUUUGAAUGGGGAUGUCUAGGAAGGAAAGCUUACAUAGCCAGAGUGUACUCACUUGUAAAUUAGUUCGUUCAUAUAGCAAGAAGUUAAAAAAAACAAAAACAUCUUGGCCUUUUAUAUAAUUACCUGUAACAAACUGUUUUUACAUGUUGGUCAUCUCUUGAUUGCCUUUUGUGUCUUUACUUAUGAAAGAAACAAAAUAUAUAUAUAAAUAUAUACAGUCUCCCUGAUUGCUCUGAUUUGCUUCUGUCAAGUUGUAGGAGAAUCACUGUUAGGUUCAUAAAAAUACAAAACUUGUACAGGGAGGAGGAGGUUUCUGAUUGGACCUGAUUGUAUCUGUCAUUUGUAAGUACAGUUUCAUUUGUGAUGGUAAUGGCUACAGAGAACAGAGCCAUGGCUCAACUUGCCGCCUUUUCUCCGGCUCGCAGGCCCUUGGCUUUCCGUUUUGCGGUUUCUCCUGAUUUCUUUCUGACAUUUCUCUUAAUAUGCUUUCAUUAUUUUGUGCGUGUCGGUGUGUCUGUUGAACAAAACUAGACAUGCAUGCAAAAACAGUGUAUUUUAGUAGUGAUGCCUUAAGUUAGAUCAUAAGCUGAAGGUUCUCAAAAAAAUACAUUUAAUGAGUUUGUUCCUCUCUCCAUGUGGUAAAACGAUUGUGUCCUUUCCUUCCACAGUACCUUUGCUGGGUCACUAUUUUUGCACCCUCGUUAGAUAGGUCAUCAUCAGCAGUGCCGAGGUCUCGCAGCUUUGCCUCCCGCUCUGGGACGGGUGCUGCUCUCAGCGCCAGCAGUUGUUAGGAGUUUCCCUCGGUUGUUUGCAGGUUAUCUGGAAAUGUUCUGUAUUUUCCAAUGUGUGUUUUUUGUACUGUAGGGAGUAAUGUUCUUUUAUCAUCAAAAAUAAACAUG